AUGGAAGACGAGGACUACGACAAGAAGCUGAAGCGCCGGCAGCGGAAUAAGGAGGCCGCGGCUAGGUGCAGGCAGAGGCGGCUGGAGUUGAUGCACACGCUGCAAGAGCAAGUCGACAAGCAAAAGGACGAGAACCGCAAGAAGGACAAUCAGAUCAAGGAGCUGAAGAGCCAGAUCACGGACCUCCAACGAUUCCUCCAAACGCACGACUGCAAAAUGACGCCCGAGCAGCGGUCCCAAAUCCCGGUCGGCAUCCCCCACACAUCGCAGUUUUUCCAGAACGUGCCGCCGACGUCGAGCGCGUCGACGAUGGCGAUGGCAUCGAACGCGCCCGGCGCGCUCAACCCGCAGCAGAGCCAUUUGAUGAUGAGCGGCUACGACCAACAACACAAUGACAGGAAGCGCCAGCUCCCCCCGGCCGACAUUUUCACCGCAAAGAACCCGAAGGAGGAGCAGACGCUCGCCCAGCUGAACAUGAACAAUUCGGAAGACCUGCAGCGACCCGAUCGGCUUUUCGAGCUGCCCGCCACGUCGACGGGCUCCAGCUCGAUCGCGUUGGUCACGCCCUCCCAGGGGCUCAGCUCGACUCCCUACCAGCCAAACUCGCUCUUUGGAAAUAUUUCCUUUACUCGAAUCUACAGCUCCUCCCCGUGCCAAGCAGGCGCUCGCGCAGCCCAGCCUGAGGGAUUGAUCAACAUGUCGGAGGUGUCGGCCCUGUUCGCCAAGCGCAAGGACAAGCAGAAGAAGCCGAAGGUCGUCUCGAUCGACGCCGUCGCCGAGGUGCUCGUCCGCCACGCCAACAAGACGGAAUUCGAAGCUUUUGCUGAGGUUGAAGACUCGCGCCCAAACGUUGACGCCCCGCCGCUGCGACCCGGCGUUGACACCGAGUGGAUCGACGAGUUUGAGGAUGACUGUGGACGUCUCGAGGGCCUUGGCAUCAAAGACAUGGGCGCCGAGAUCAGCGAAAAGGAGGAAGUGAGCGAACACGCGCAAGAAAACGUCGUCGAGGUGCAACACAAGGGCUGGUUCGAUAAGAAAGAAGACGGGCAGACAGAUGACGAGUCCUCGGCGCCAAUCGUCGCCAAGCCGGCCACCGGCGGCGCCUACCGGCCGAAGGUCUACCGCGCGCCACGUGCCAACAUCGACCUCACCAAUCAGGAAAUGUUCCCGACAAUCGGCGCCGCCGUCGAGAUGGAGAAGCAACACAAGGACGACAAGAAGAACCCGUGGACUUCCGUGGAGCAGCCGCCGGCCUCGGGCGGAAGAUACGUGCCGCCGAACAGGCGAGGCGAUGAUGACGCCGAUUUUGCCGCUGCCCGCCGGGCUGAAAAGCAGUGCAGCAAUGCUAUCUGCCGCGAUCAGCCUUACCAGCUGGCUCAGCAUACGGUGGCGCACCUCGCCUUCCGACCCUGGAAAUGUUCUGUUUGCGAAUGUACUGCGACUCGAAAAGGCGACCUGCAGGUGCAUCUGAACGCGCAACAUCAGGGAACCGGCCGGGCCGUCGAUAACCGCACUGCCGAAUACUUCGAUGCGCUCGAGGCGAAGAUAUAUGCCAACUUUCCGGAUCACUCAAGUGCCAUCGCUAAAUACAUUCGAGGACAAAAGAAGGCACUGGGAUUUCAAGAUGCAUCUGAUGAUGCAGAUGACAAUCCGCAAGACGGUCGAAAAAUCUCUAGCUGCAUGGAAUGCAGGACCCCGAUGCGCUCAACUAGUGCUCCGUAUCUGGUUCGGCACUCGUUGUCACACCUCUCCUUCCGACCCCUGAGGGCUGAGAAAGACAAGCUGCAAACGCAUCUGAACGCGCAACAUCAUGGUAAUGGUUGGGCCAUCGAUAACCGCACUGCUGAGUUCUACGAUGAGCUGGAGGCGGAGACGAAAACCGACUUUCCGGCUCACUCAAGUGCUAUCGCGAAAUACAUUCGAGGGCGAAAGAAGGCGGCGGGAUUUCAAGAUGCAUCUGAUCAUGCAAGCCGCCAAGGUGAAGAUGCUCAGGGAAGAAAUGACGGCGCUGUGGGAGCGGAUCCAGACUGGCUGAUGCAGUGCAGCAACGCGAACUGCAGAAAUGACCCUAGUCACCUCGCUCAGCACUCGUUGGCACACCUCCUUCCGACCCUGGAAGUUCUGCAUCUGAACGAGCAACAUCAAGGAAACGGCCGAGUCAUCGAUAAUCGCACUGCCGAAUACUACGAUGCGCUCGAGGCGAAGACGAAAGCCAACUUUCCAGCUCACUCAGUUUCAAUUGCUAAAUACAUUGGAGACAAAAAGAGGCAUUGGGAUUUCAAGAUGCGUCCGAUGAUGGCGCAAGACGGUGGAAAAAUCUCCGUCUGCAUGGGAUGCAAAAAUUCGAUUGAUUCAACUGAGGCUUGGCGUCUCGCUCUGCACUCGUCGACGCACCUCGCCAUCCGACCGUGGAAGUGUUCUGCUUGCGCCUGUACUAUGACUCAGAAAGGCAACCUGCAACUGCAUCUGAACGUGCAACAUCAAGGAAAUGGCCGGAUCAUCGAUAAUCGCACUGCCGAAUACUAUGAUGCCCUCAAAGCAAAGACGCAGGCCAAUUUUCCUGAUCGCGCAAAGGCUAUCGCCAAGUACAUUGGAGGCCAAAAGUACGGAUUGGGAAUUCAGCGCGUAUCUGAUGACGAAGAUUCCACUCCAGAAGACGACCCACCAAUUGUUCAUCUCCCAACACCUGGCGACAAAAGUCUCGACGUUCGGCGAAACGAGCAGAAAA